CGCACUUUUCUUUUACAUUUUCCCGCGCUGCCGCUCCUUUCCCGUUCUUUUUCCCGUUGUUUUUCCCCGUUAUCUUCCCUCGUUCCCGUUAUCCCGCCCCGCCCAGGAUCGCGAUCUCCUCCCUCCGGAGCAGCGCGCGGCCGCGGGAAGGCGGAAGCGCGGCGGGCGGGGGCGUGGCCGCAGCGCUGACCCGCGCCCACGUGUUCGGCGGCGCACGCGGAGCCGCCAGCAUGGAGCAGCCCAGCCCCCCCUCAGACCCCGAGGAGCUCUCAGAGAGUGAGGAGAGUGUUUAUUCUGGCCUGGAGGACUCGGGCAGUGACAGUGACUCCUCUGGCAAUAAUGAGGAGGAGGAAGAAGAGGAGGAAGAGGAAGAAUCCCCUGGGAGCCCCUCACAGACCCAGGCUGAGGGGGUUCCUGGCAAGAGGAAAACCCCGGAGGUGGAUUCCCCGCUGGAAGGGAAGCAGGAUUUGCUUUUCCAGGACGAGUACGCCGAGGACAGCUCGGAUGAGGAGGUGGGAAUUCCCAGGAAUUCCUGGAAUUCUAUCCUGGAUUUCAGGGGGAAGUGAAAAUUUGGGAAAAAAAAAAGAUGGA